UUGUGAACAGAGGUGGGGCCGUUCUAGGGGUAUCCAUGUGUGAAAGAGUGCAGGCAGUCUGAGCACUAAUCAGUAAUUUUCUUCCUCUUCUGGUGUCUUUUCAAAUGUGUCGGUUAAGAUUCUGAGAGCUGAGGUUGUCUUCUGGGGUGCAAUCAUUUGAAUACUGAACAACGUGGCGUUCGUGGCCAGGACCUCGCUAGAUUACUCCAUGUGCUCAUCGUACUCAAAAAUUAAAAAAACAGGAAACUUUAACACAAUUCCUAUGAAUGUGACAAUGUUCAGUGCUGAAACCAGGAGACUCGUGACUGUCUUUAUCAGUUUUGCACAACAUGGAUUUGUUGGUUGUCCUCGUCACCUAAAUCUUUCUCUCUCCUUUUUGCUCGGUCUCUCUCGCGUGUCUCUUGGCUGACAAUAGCAUAGCGACGAGCUCUGCACACUGCAGGAUUCUAUUGAUGGGCGAGUCAGCCAAAGGAGAGCGCGAUCAAAGUUUCCUGACAUGAUGCAGCAAUCAGGUUCUCUCUGACAAAUCAGAAGAAAAAUGGCUGAUGUGAUCUGCAGAUGGAAGAAUGAAGCACCCAGGAACUUUUUUCAGGUCUGGAAGAGUCAUAACCCUGUGAUUGUGUGUUCAUGUGGGGUUCAGGGACGCUUGGUUGCGAGACAAGACCAAUCAUUUGGCUGAUUCCCUGGGCUGAGAGCAGGCAAACUGAGGGGGACGGGAUGAGCAAACCCCUCCAUUAGACCUGAUCUAUUUCCCCAAACAAUUUAGUAUAUUCAUGAGGUUACGCAAAUAUGGAGGCAGCAAAAUUACGGUAAUCAAUUGAAAAGGCAAGUGCACAUCCAUGGCUCUGAUUUUGGAGAUCAUCUAUCUGUCUGAUGUCUAUGUAACGAGGAAAGCAUUGAAUUACUGCUGACUUUCGCUGAGAAGUCCAUGAUCAUUGGGCAGGGGUCUUUGAUCAGUGAUAAUAGGGCUUCUUGGUCGGGCGACGGAGGUGUUUCAGCAAACAUUAGAUAGCUGACUCUGCCCUGCUUAAAGGUGCUGUUUUGAAAGUAGAACCCACACUGUCCAACGCAUCGUCUUUGUUUUUUGUUGUUUAGUUUUUUUUUUCAUCGUCUUUCUUUCACCACCUGAAAAAGGAAAGAGGCGGACAAGCCGAAGGUCCGAAAGCACUGAGCAUGGAGGUGCGGUAUAGCCAAGAGACAGAAGGGAUGGUGCUGAAGAAUGGACUAAAGGAGGGAAAAGAUGGAAAGGACUCCCAGGGCAGCUUGUCCAAAAGCUUCCUCAAGGAGCAGCAGGGCUCCUUUUCGUCCUCUGGGACUGUCGACAGCUGCGAGAAAAGCAGGGGGAGCUCAGGGGACCCAGAAUACUGUCGGAGAAUACUUGUCCGAGAUGCUAAAGGUUCUAUCCGAGAGAUCAUCCUGCCAAAGGGCUUGGAUUUGGACCGGCCCAAGCGAACCCGCACCUCCUUCACCGCAGAGCAGCUCUACCGGCUGGAAAUGGAGUUUCAGAGGUGCCAGUACGUUGUUGGGAGGGAACGGACAGAACUGGCUCGCCAGCUCAAUCUGUCUGAGACUCAGGUGAAGGUCUGGUUCCAGAACCGUCGUACAAAGCAAAAGAAAGACCAGGGUAAAGACUCUGAGCUUCGCUCGGUGGUUUCAGAAACAGCUGCGACCUGCAGCGUCCUCAGACUGCUGGAGCAGGGUCGGUUAUUGACCCCUCCGGGUCUGCCGGGCCUCCUGCCUCACUGCAGCAGCAGCACGCUGGGUUCUACAAUGCGCCCUCCCUCCUUGGCCAUGGCCAGCAACAGCAGCAGUAGCAGUUGCAGCGGUGGCAGCGGCAGCACGGCAGCCGGCAGCCCUCCUCUACCUGCUGUCACCACCUCAGGGACAGUGGCGGGUUUACAGAGCUCACCCGCGGCUCACAGCCUCUUCAGCUUCCCUGUGCCCACCUUACUCAGCAGCGUGGCCACCCGCAUCUCCUCGAGCCCUCUGUCCAUGGCCGGCUCACUUGCUGGCAACCUGCAGGAACUUUCUGCCCGCUACCUGAGUUCCUCUGCCUUUGAACCUUACUCGCGGACCAACGGAAAGGAAUCCAUGGAUAAGAAAAUUCUGGAGUGAUACUUUCUUGGCUUGGAUUGCACCUCCUCUGAAUGUGUUCUCUUUUCUUGCCUUGGUGUGGGUUUGCUGGCUUUCAUCCGUCUGUGUCAUGUUUGUUCCGUAGCAGUUCAUAAUCUAGUUACACAUCUGGCACCUCAGCAAAAAAAAAAAAAAAAAAAAAA